CUUUCCCUCCACUGGAACCGGAUGUGUCUGAGGUGAGUGUCCCGGGGAUCGGCUCAGUGAGGUGCGUGCGCAGGGAUGUGAGGGACGGGCUCCCCCCUGUCAGUGUUGACUCAGUCUGACGAGGAGAACAAUCCGAUCUGCAGAAUUUCCCAUAGUUCCAUGUAGAUCAGAGCUCUCAAGAUGACCUGAGAUGGGAUUAGUUUGAUGUUUAGCAUAACCCCAACCAAGUGCAAAGUCACAGAGCGAGGGGGGUCUGGUAGAACAUCUGACCAGAAUAAUCAACCUGAGAUGGUUCCAAAAUAUGACAACAGGUCUUCUACUCUAAGGAAAGAAAAGAAGCAAAAGUCUCCCACAAACAAUUUAAAAUAAAGCUUAAAGCCUUACACACAUUUAACAAGAAAAUGAAAAUUAUUACCAAAAGGACACAUUUAAGCCUAAAAUUAAACAUGAGCAGAACAUCUACACAAAGUAGUAAUCUGUAUAUUCUCUGUAGAGUCGCCAGUGCUGUGAAACCUUUUAUCUGCCCAAUAUGUGAGAGGAGAUUUUAUAUCAAUAGGGACCUUCUCACCCACCAGAGAAUUCACAUGGGAAAGAGAAGGUUUGUCUGUUCUAAAUGUGGGAAAUGUUUCUCUCACAAGAAGAUCCUCAUAGCUCACAAAUGGCUUCAUACUGGGAGGAAACCAUUCACCUGCACUGAAUGUAAUAAGGGCUUCUUAUGGAACAGGGACCUUCAGAAACACCGAGAGAUCCACAGGGAAGAAAAACUAAAUGUUUCUCAAAUUUGGACUCAAACUGAAGAAAAGAUACUCAGUGAUCCUAUUCAGAAUCCUACAGAAGAGAAGCAAUUAAUUGUUCCGAUUCAGAGUCCCACAGAGGAGAAGCAAUUAAUUGUUCCGAUUCAGAGUCCCGCAGAAGACAAGCCAUUUGUCUGUAUCCAGUGUGGGGAAGUGUACACAGAUAGAAGUGGACUGAAGGUUCAUCUUGAGAGUCACACAGAACAUUAUGAAUGUGAUGAUUGUGGGGAAAGUUUUGGGAAAAUGAGAGAACUCAAUAGUCACCCUCCAAUUAACACAGGAGAAAGGCCCUUUGUCUGUAAUGAAUGUGGGAAAAGCUACAAGGAUAAAAGCAAAUUAAAUGUUCAUCUUCUGGUUCAUACAGGAGAGCAGCGUUUUGUAUGUGGCGAGUGUGGGCGGAACUUUAGGGAUAGGAGUAGCCUUAACUCUCAUUACCUUACUCACGUUGGAAUGAAACCCUUUGUCUGUACCGAGUGUGGGAAAAGCUACAGCAGAAAGGUCCAUCUCAACGCUCAUCUUUCUGUUCAUACAGGAGUGAGUCCCUAUGUCUGUACGGAGUGUGGGAGGAUCUUUGGUAACAAGAAGGAACUCGUUAUUCAUAUUAAUGUCCACAAAGGCAUCGUUUUCCCAUGUACAGAGUGUGGCAAAUCCUUUCCGACAAAAAGAAACCUUGAAAGGCACCAUAUGAUCCACACUGGGGAGCAACCAUUUGAGUGCACAGAGUGCGGGAAACGCUUCCGGGAAAAGAGUAAAUUGGAAUUACAUCAUCUGCUUCAUACUGGGUUUAAACCUUUCACGUGUUAUGAGUGUGGCAAAGAGUUCAGGUUGAAGCAUUCUCUCAAACAUCACUUGCACACCCACACUGGGGUGAGGCCAUUUGUCUGCACUGAGUGUGGCAAAAGCUUUAUCACUAAAAACGGGCUCACUUCUCAUCUUCGGUGUCACACGGGAGAGAAACCAUUUGCCUGUUCUGAGUGUGGGAAAAGCUUCAAGGAUAAAAAUGCUCUUCAUGUUCAUCUCCGGGUUCAUACGGGAGAGAAACCGUUUGUCUGUACUGAGUGUGGGAAAAGCUUCAAGAAUAAAAGUACCCUCCAUGUUCAUGUCCGGGUUCAUAUGGGAGGGAAACCUUUUAUCUGUACGGAGUGUGGGCAGAGCUAUACCAGCAGUAAUGGGCUCAGGGGUCAUCUUCGGACACACACUGGAGAAAAUCCCAAUUCUUGCACUAAAUCUAGAAAAUGAUGGAAUUUAGCUGCGUUCAAGUUGUUUUUUCACAUUUUUACACAAGUUAAAUGGAUACUGUCCCUGCCGCUCUAGCAGAAUUCUGCCCUGAAAUCUAUUUUUUAAAAAAGCAGUUUUUUUUGUAUUUUAUUUUGAAAUUUGGUAUAGGGCUAGACUUAUGUCAGUUUCCCAGAAGCCCUCAGCUCAUGUGAUUUGAGUCACUGCUACACUGCAAGUUGGAGUGGUCACCCCCUCCCUUCCCCCCAGCAGCCCAUCAGCAGCCUAUAAACAGAACAAUGGGCAGCUAACCAGAUAGCAGCUCCAUCACACCUCUGCUGAAGAAUUUAUUGGCAUUGCUAAAAUUUGCUCCCUACCUAGUGGUAUACAUGAGAAUAGCACCAAAGCUUUAAAACCCUGCUUUAUUCCAGCUUGGGUGCUAUUGUCAUGUUUACCACUAGGCGGGGCUAACACGACCCAUGUCGUGGUAUAAUACAUUGGGAAAGUGAGGAACAAUAGUUGUCUCAAAACAGUUUCAUCCUUCUCAAAGCUCAGGACCAAAUACAUUUUUUGGUUCAAGAAUAACAUUUUAAAUAGCAGAGUGAAUUAUUUGCAAUGUAAACAGUGUAAUUUAGAAAUAAAAAGUAAAUCAUAAAAAUCAUGACAGAAUCCCUUUAAAUUCUGAAGUGUGAAAUGUGCUUUCAUAUUUUACAUUAAAACAGAACCUGAAAAUGUGACAUUCACACAAUGCUCAUUAACAAACUCACACAGGAGAGAAACCAUUGCCCGCACUGUGCUCUAAGGAAAGAGCAGAUUCAUAUAGAAUCAUAGAAUAGAAUCAUAGAACCAUAUGCCGGCAGUAAUUAGAGGACCCGCUUCUGACUCAAAUAAUCCCAUGAUUCCACGAGUGAUUUUUUAGAUGUACAUUGUGAUACAGUGUAUUAAUGUUUUGUGACAUAUGUCUUUGUACAUCCCGGGUAUCUAGAUGUUUAAUAUAUUCAUUUAUUUAUUGCACUGCCAGUAUGUCUCUGUAUAUCCUGCACUGUUUAUGUAUAAUGUUGUUCCACCUUGUAUUGCCCAGGGCGCUUACUAGAACCAUUCAUAAGGCUAUUUCUGAAAGAGGAAAGCGCACAUCUAAUAUUGUGACCAAUAACUCCAUAAAUAUCAAAAUGCAAUAUGGGCUUGUGCUCUGUUGGAGAAAAAGUAAAAAUAAUCCAACUAUCAGCACAUCAAUAACAAAAAUAUUUUUAUUUAAUCAAUAUAUAUAUAUAUAUAUAUAUAUAUAUAUAUAUAUAUAUAUAUAUAUAUAUUUUGUAUUUUAUAUUUUUUAUCAAUAACUAGAACCCCCUGCCCUCCGCACUUGAAAUGUGUAUUUUUGUGUGCGUGAACAAAUUUUCAUUCUCCUGGUUUAGAUACUGUUCCUAAAGGGGAACUAUCGAGCAAAAAGAAUAUUUACUUACGUAUUGUUAUUAAUAUAAGAAUUCAUUGCUCUCACUGUAGAAAAACUCUUUUUGUAGCUCAAAGUGAUAGUGACAUGUUCCUAUAACCAAUAGGAUUAGGAUAUUAUUUCUUGUAAAGAAGAGACCACUAUAAUUUUUGUUUUAUAUAAAAACCCAGCCCAGACUAUUAAGGGAUUAGCCUCCCAACCACUUUUGGACUGAAUCAACUCUACUGCUCCGCUAAAUAAAGCGUAGUUCUAGAAUAGUGAUCCUUUGAAGGCAUCUGAACAUCUGCCAUUGUUAGUGCUGAAUCGUAGAAUUCUAUUGUUUCUAUCUGUAUAUCGGGUAAUUCAGCUCUACACCUGUGUAUUGAAACUAAUGAUCUUUCCUGAAAAAGAUAAUUUCCAGGAAAGAUCACAAUUGUAAAGUCUAUGGCCACUUUUACAAAUAAAUCAGUUCUAACAACAGGUCAA